CAGCAAUUCUCUUUCAUCUUGGAUAUGCAAAUCUAAAAAAAUCUAAAUUGAUCUUAAACGAUUCGAAACUAUGUAUAUCAUGGUAAACGCAAACUGAAGACACUAGAUGACUCUCUCAUUAUUUUCGUGCUAAGAUAUACAAAAAUGUCUAAUGAAGAUAUUUUCGAAGACGACAGUUCAUAUAAAAAUGAGGUUGAGAAAAAACAUUUUAUGUCUGUGUUAGCAUCUUUUAAAUACUACAGGAAAUAUUCUUUCUUAAGAGUUAACCAAACAGAGAAGUAUUUAAAUAGUUUGCCAACUUCUCAUCAAAAUUUGUUAAAAAAGUACAGGGAAAACUUAAAACGCGUUCGUGAAUGUAUAGAAGCCAAUUAUAAAGUUAUUUUACAUAUUAUACGUGAUGUUGACUGUAUGUUUCACAAUGUUGUUUCGAACAUUUCACAAGAGCACAGUGAAUUUAGACCUACUAAUCAGGAUAUGGACAAGGUACAAUCUACUCUCAAACAAUUUGUUAGAGAUUGGAGUAAAGAAGGGGCUGAGGAGAGAAAACAAUGUUAUGAGCCAAUAAUAAAAGAAAUUGAAAGUUAUUAUCCUGGUGAAAAUGGAUUACUCUGUGAUAUAAAAGUAUUAGUGCCUGGAGCUGGUUUAGGUCGUCUGGCCUAUGAAUUAGCGCAUCGUGGGUAUAGUUGUCAAGGAAAUGAAUUUUCGGUCUUCAUGCUAUUUGCUUCAAAUUUUGUGUUAAAUAGGUGUAGUAUAGCUGAGGAUUAUACUAUUUACCCAUGGCUACACCAAAAUGUCAACAAUGUAAAGCGAACAGACCAAACAGAACCUUCUCGUUUUCCUGAUGUAGUUCCCAUUCUGAACUCGCCCCUACCUAAUUUUUCUAUGGUUGCAGGAGAUUUUCUAGAAGUGUACAAAGAUCCGAAUGUAUGGCAUUGUGUUGCUACAUGUUUCUUUAUUGACUGUGCCAACAAUGUUGUAGAAUUUAUUGAGACUAUCUACAAUAUUCUAAUGCCUGGUGGAUUAUGGGUCAACUUAGGACCAUUGUUGUACCAUUAUAGUGAUGUACCAUUUGAAUUUAGUAUCGAACCCAGCCUGGAAGAUUUACUAGAAAUCAUACAACAAAUAGGAUUUGUUAUAAAAAAAGUAGAAACAGAUGUCCAAACAAAAUAUGCUCAAAAUCCACGAUCUAUGCAACAAAGUGAAUAUAAAAGUGUAUUCUUUGUGUGCAUAAAACCUGAAAAUGAAGUACUUGACAAUGGCCAUAAUGGUGCUUAAAAUUGAUCUCAUGACAUAUAUUAAUGAAGCAAAUUAAUUUUUUAAGAACUAACUUGUUUUGGUAAAAAUAUAAAAGCUUUAAUCGUUAUGAAAUAAUAUCAAAUAUUUUUUGUUAAAAUAUU